AUGACAUCCUAUCUCAUCAGCGGCUCUUCUCGUGGACUUGGCCUAGCGAUGGCGGCUGAAUUGGCAGCGAGGCCAGCAUCUGACGUAUCCAAGGUUUUCGCUGCUGUCCGCACGGAAACCGAUGAGGUAAAGCAACUCGCUGCAGAUCACCGCGGACGUGUUGAACUUAUUUCAAUGGAUGCCAAUUCAGAGGACUCCAUCCGAACCGCGGUUGCGAAGGUUGAGCAAUCACUUGGUGAGCAGGGCUUAGAUGUGCUUGUCAACGUGGCAGGCAUGUCAAGCGUAGCCCUGGGGGGCAUCGAGCAUAUGGAUGACUUGAUGUCCUUGUUCAACGUCAACGUAAUGAGCGCACACCAGGUGACACGUGCGUAUUUACCGCUGCUGAAGAAAGGCAAUACGAAGAAGAUUGCAAACAUAUCAACGACCGCUGGGUCCAUUACUAUGGCACCUACAUUUAGAGAAAUUCCGACACCUGCAUACAAGAUCUCAAAAGCUGCCCUCAACAUGCUUACGGUUCAAUAUGCACUUUCUUUAGAAGAUCAAGGAUUCACUACCAUAGCCGUGUCUCCAGGGUGGAUUAAAACACCCAUCGGUGGUGAUAACGCUGACCUCGACGUGGGAACUGCAGCUAGAGCUACCCUCGAUGUCAUUGUUCGAUCAGGUCCAGACUCGAACGGAAAGUUCUUGAAUAUUCACGUGCCGGGAUGGGAAAAUUCCCCGGGCCUAAAUCAAUAUGAAGGUGGCCAGCCAGCUUGGUAG